CACCAUUAGUGACGGCCCCUUCUCUCUCCUUCCUUUACUCUUCCACAGUCUUCAUGGCCCUCCCCUUCAUUAAUGCCCCCUUUCUAUUUAAUUUCAUCACACAAAAUCACUUUACUCUUUCUCCAUCUAUAGCCUACGCCAUAAUCACAAAACUUAAUUGUAGUCAGUCAAUAUAUAUAACAAACUCUCUUUUUGUGAAACACCACUCACAAUCAUUCAAACGUUCUUCUUCUUCUCCUUGUUCUCUUUUCCACCUAUUUUUAUUUGUGUCCUCAUAAUGGUUGCUGAUGUCACAACUUUCAUCCGGAUUUUGAACGAUUACGAUGAUCAGAACCAGAAGACCAGAGAAUCAGUCGGUGGAGUAGGAGCAGGAACAUCGUCGGCACUGAUUACUCGGGACUUGCUUGGAGGAUGCUCGACCCUUGAAUCCAAAGAACUUGACCUAGAUUUAAAGGUCCCAUCUGGUUGGGAAAAGCGUCUCGAUCUGAAGUCAGGGAAGGUAUACAUCCAAAAAUGCAACUCACCUAAUUCAUCUUCACCAUCUUUGUCUUCAUCAGAGAGUAAAGCCAAACAAGAGGACAUAAUAAACUUCCCUCCCCAAACAAAGAAAUCACUCAAUCUCUUAGAUGAUAUUGGCUUGAAGCUCAGGCUCUCAACAUCAUCAUCAUCCUCGCCAUCGUCCUGUUACCAGAGUGUGUGUACUCUUGACAAGGUUAAGUGUGCCCUUGAAAGAGCCAAGAAUGAAAGCAAUUAUAAGAAGAGAUCUAAAUAUUCAUCCUCUAAUUCGAAUUCCUCAUCUUCCAUUAAGGAAACAGGUAUGGAAGUAGAUGAGGAGGUGGAGAAGAAACCGAUUUCCUCUUCGUUAGCUGUUGGCUGCCCAAGUUGUCUUCUUUAUGUGCUUAUAUUGAAGAACAAUCCACAAUGUCCUCGAUGUCACACUACUGUUCCAUUGCCCCAAACAGACAAGAGGCCCAAAAUUGAUCUUAACAUAUCCAUAUGAACAAGCAGCAGCUUGUUCCGAUCUUAUCGACUUUUGUAAAUGAUACUAAAGACGAUAGGUCUACAAGAACAUAGAAAAUAGAUGGUAUUAUUAUUACAUUUGAAUACAGUUUUUCUUUUUAAUGCUUCUUAUGCAAAAUCCGAUUUUAAAUUUCUUAGAUAUUUCAAUUCCCUUCAUGGGAAUAAUUAUUUACUUGAUUGUUUGAUAUUGAAGCGUUUAG